AUGACGACCCCAAGCCCUUCUCCAUCCCCAAGAAGCACUGCCUACUCAACUGGCAACUCUCCUUCCUCCAUCAAGCUCCCCUCCCCCGCAGCAAUGCCAUCCAUUCACUCCUAUGUUUCGAUCUUCGACGACCUUCACGCGCGCACCCGCGCUGAAGCCAUUGCGCAAGCUACCGCGCUCGCUGACGGCGAUAUUGGUCUUCGCCUCAAGAUCGAAUCCGAGCUUAACGCGAAGUUCGACAAGAUCUGUGAGGGCGCCUAUAUUGCUAUGCAGCUUACGCCGUUCUUCAAGGAGAUGAGUGAAGACCUUAAGAGCGCCUGGUACGACAAGUUCGUUUGGGAUUCGGUUUAUAGUGAUGAGGAAUUCCCAGGCGAUGAUUCUGAGUUGGAGGAGUUCAAGGAGUGGUUCUUCACCAGACUUGAGGACGCCGACGAGGAUACUGCUUUCGAGUACAGUGGAGCCGUUAAGAAUGGCAAGGCUGUUGAGGACGAUAAAGCUGUUAAGGACGACGGUGCUGCUAAGCGUGGCGCUAUGGUCGAUGGACACUGGGUUGGCGACGGCGAGAGUGAGGAUCGAUAUGCAGAUGGUGAGACUGAGAGCACUGAUGGCGGUGCCAAGCUUUCCUGGGACUGA